AUGUCGCGACGAAAUCAAUCAGAGGACUACAGAAAAGGGCCAAAUUCCUACAGAGGAGAUCGCGAUGGUUCGGAUGACAGCAGUGAUGAGGAUGUCAGGAAUUACAGGCGAGAACGAGACAGAUCUCCGUUGAGACGGCGAGCUUCUGAUGACAGAAAUCGAGCUGAUCGUGAAACCACCAGUUCCUAUGAAUCAUCAAGGGACACCAGUAUGCAGCAGAAACAAAAACUAGCCUUUGGUUUUAGCAAGAAGUCCACCAGUACUGACGCUAAGAAAGGAAUUCAAAUAAAACUAGGCCCUGCUACGAAACCAACAGCUAAACCAAUAGCUCCUACAAAGACAACCGUAGCCUCUGUGUUCAAUGCUGACGACGAUGAUGAACCAGAAGAAAUGCCAGCAGAAGCAAGAAUGAGGAUGAGGAAUAUUGGACGCGAGACACCGACAUCAGCUGGUCCAAAUUCAUUUGGCAAAACAAAGCAAGGCUUCUGUGAUUCUAAAAAAAUAUUCGAAAAAACUCUUAAGAAAGCCAUGGACGAAGCAAAUAAUAAAUGA